UGAACUCCUGCUGCUCUGCUGAAACCAUGUCCUAGAAAAGCGACACAGGCUUUUGGAUUUUGUCUAAAACCGGCAUAAUGUUCCGGCAUAACAGCACUGAACAACACAGUAGAUCAUAACAUGAUUGGAGUGGAAUUUUAAGAAUGACCUGAAGGGAUUAGUUGGUUCUCUUCUUCUUCAUCGCUGUCUGGUUUGGCUCCAUUCACAGCAGAAAAAACCUGCUACAUUAAAACAGAACUGUAGAACAAACCAUUGGGGCUGAUCAGUCCUGCAUGGUUGACUUAUAUGUGCUUCCUGUAAAUCAGAAAGACGGAAGGUGAAGAUUCGUGCUGAUUCCUCACACCCAGAACACCAUCUGUUGUACUGCUCCCUUCAGGAUGAGACACUACAGGCACCAACUACCAAAGUUUUUCCUGGAAAGCAUUCAGAAAAAAGAACUGAUGAGAUUAGGUCUUUGUCAGUAACAGUGGAAAUAAAGCCAUAAUUUACAUUUUUUAUGUUACAAUCACUUUGUGUCCUGUGCUUUAUAUUAUAAGUCAUUUCACAUACUGUACUUUAUGUGAAGCAAUGCACACUUAAGUAUUUGUUCUAAACUUUUAUUAUUUGGGUGAACGGGUACUGAAACAUGAUUUCUUGUAUGCUUUACAUGUGUAGCAUUAAACUGAUUUGAUAUGAUUUUGAUUUGUUGUCUUUCUACACUUGAAUGUAUAUACUAGGGUAUAUAAGUGAGUGAAAAAGCACAUAGCAAGAAUAGAAAUCAUUGUAAAAAGAAUCAGACAAGAAAAGAGAACCCACAUUAACAAAAUACAGACUGACAUUUUCUUAAAGCCUGAUUCUCUCCAAAAUAUUUGUAUGAAAGGCUACUAUAAGAAAAAGGCUGUAGAAAAAAAGAGAGUUUGGUGAUUUAUUUGCUCAGUACUCUCAUUGGUGUCAUUUGUGUCUAUAUAAUCCACAUGAAGUGAUUGGCUUGGGAUGUUAGCUUCUCUUUUCUGAUUGGUUGCUGGGAGCAGCCUGUAUCAGGGUGAAAGCCCACAUACAGGCCUGGUCAUUUCAUUGCAGCACACAGAGUUCGGCUUUCAUCUGACCAACGGUUUCGUGGGCCACCAAACCAGCAGCGGAUCCCGGUGAUGGCUGUGUUGCUGCUGCUUACUUAUUCCCAUGUGUUUCUCAUUUUUCUCAUUGGCAGUGCUUCUUGUUUAGUAGCAGAUGGCUUUCACAUGGAACCAAACCCCUGUGAUUCAAACUGUACUGGAAUUCCCGCUUCUGACCUGGCACAUCAGAUGGGCGUGAGGUAUACUUACAGGUACACCACAACGGUGGCUACCAUCCUACAUGGGUCCAAUGGUGGUAGGAAUGGCCUUGUUUUGGACUGCGUGGUUGAUCUUUUUGUGGUAUCCAAAUGUCAUUUAAUGAUGCAGAUAAGGAAUUCCCAGAUAAAGCGACUCUCCUCUCAACAUGAACAUCCAGUGCAGACCUUGAAAAGUCUAAGGGAGUCGCUUGAGAAAACACGCCUCAAGUUCUCCCUCCGGGGUGGAAAGGUCACAGACCUCUGUCUCCAGGAGGGGGAGCAGGUGUGGGCUCUCAACAUUAAAAGGGCUCUACUGAGCAUGCUCCAGACCUCCCCCAUGGUCAUUACGUUCAAAGUGGAAAAAGAGACUGAUAUUUAUGGUGAAUGCACAAGUAGGUAUGAGAGAAGAGGGACUGCACUGCAUAAAACCAGAGAUCUAAAGCAGUGUCAGCAGUGGAGGCUGGAUGACUUCUGGCCUCAUUCAGUCACUCUUUCUGAAGACAAGCUACUUCAAAUGGAGUUGGACUGUGUUCAGAGACAUGGAGAGUCAGUGAUGGUGGAGGUUAACUGCACUGAAACUAUUUCCAUGACCUCUCCAGUGCUAACAAAGACCCAAACCAACUCUUCCUUAUUUCUUCUCACAGCCCAGCCAGGCCUUCCAACAAAAUCAGAGUCUGCAAGCCCCAGUGUGCAGGCCGACAUGGAGUUUGAGAAGGAAGGAGCUUUGAAUCUGGAAGAAACUAGAGCAUCAGCAGCACAAGAAGUUAGUCAAACUGUGAGGCUGUUAUGCAGAAUCCCUUCAGUUCUACAGAAGGUUUCUGAAGAGUUCCUCCGUCUUGUGUUCCAGUUAAGAAGGAUUGCAUUCUCACAGCUGAAAACACUUAAGCGAGAAGCGUCUUUCAAGUGCCACAACGCCUGGCAACCGUUGUUGGAUGCAUUACCAGCUUGUGGAUCUGAAAGCUGCAUUAUGCUCCUGAGUGACCUGAUUCGGGACAAAGAAGUGGAGGAGGGGCAGGCUCACUCUUUUCUUACCACCAUAGCUUUCAUCCCUCAUCCAUCACCACAGAUCAUUGGCUCCAUUACAGCCUUACUGGAGAUCCCAGAGCUGCGGCCUAAAGUACUGCUGACGGGAUCAUCUUUGAUCAAUCAGCUGUGCCAAAAGUCACACACAUCCUGUAGUGAGCUACCUCAGGUACAAACCUUUGAAAGGACGCUUCAGAAAAUGCUGGGUGUGGGCUGCGAGGGAGAUAAACUCAAUCAAGUAAACGAGCUCCUUUAUGUCCUGAAAUCUGUGGGGAAUACUGGUUUGUCUGCUGCUGCCUUUAUCCCACUGUUGACCCGCUGCAUCAUGGGCCAUUCGACACCCCUGGAGCUGAGACUCGCAGCUGUUCAAGCUUUCAGGCGCUUUCCCUGCUCAGCCGAUCGGUCGGUGCUGUUGAAGCUGUACAGUUCUUCCCAGGAAGACACUGAGGUCAGAAUUGCUGCAUACCAGCAGCUCAUGCUCUGCCCUGGCCAGGACGUGUUUGAUGUGGUGAAGACAACACUGAGGAGUGAGACAUCCAGCCAAGUGGGCUCCUUUGUGUGGAGUCAUCUGACAAAUGUCCUAAGAAGUGAAGACCCUAUGAAGCAGGCUUUGAUCGACACCCUGCCUGAUGACAUCAUCAGCAGAGAUUUUGAAGGAGAGUUUCUUAAAUACUCUUUCUACUCAGAACAAACCUUUGCCUCUGAUUUAGGAACUCAUAAUGUUGAAACGUCACUGAUUUUCUCUCCAAAAUCCUUCCUACCCACAUCUGCAUCUGCAAAUGUGACGAUGUAUGUUAAUGGUAGAGCCUACAACAUUCUGGAAGUGGACAUCCACAUUGACAACGCUGAGCCACUUCUAAAGAACUUCUUUGGAGACAUAUCAGAGAGGGAACCUUCUGCUGCACCCGAAAAACACAGGGAAGGAGGGAGAAGGAAGACAACCAAGGAAUCCCAAGGAGCAGGGAAAGAAAAGUGUUCGGCUACCACCGACUGUUACUUGAAUCGGGCGAGGUCUAUGGUCUUUGUUGGAAAAAAAAUGGAAGAGAAUAAGCCCAGAUGCUGGGGAGGCAUGAAGGUGUUUGGGAAUGAGAUCAGUAUUUUUACCUGCAAUGAGAUCUACAGAGAGGUCAGCCAGGUGUCACCCAGUAUGGCUGAACUGGCUGUGAAGCUCCUGAAGGGUCUUGAUGUUCACCUCAGACACAUGUCUCCACUGCUGACAGAGACAAUGGUUUUGCCAUCUUUGUCCGGUUUACCUUUGGAACUGGCCCUGAACCUAACUUCUAUGUUUUCACUGUACCUUAAUGGAAAGUUAAAUUACAGGGAUCCUUUUCCUUAUUUCUUGAACGGAUAUAUCAAACCCAGCAUUUAUUCGAGCCUGUCUGCCACAGUGGGAGUUCACAGUGUGCUGGGUCAGGCCGCUGUGCAGUGGAUUGCUGAGCUGAAGAGCUCCACCAGUCUGGAUGGCAGCAUCCAGAUGGAGGACGGGGGCAACAUUAGGGUGGUGCUGAACACACCAGAAGACUCAAUGGACAUAAUCUCUCUCAGCUCCAAAGUGUUUCAGCUCAGUGGAGACCACAGAGAGGAGAUAAAGGGGCCGAAAAAUCAAGUCCACAAAACCACAUGCACACCAAAAACUUGGUCCAAAAUAUUCGGCUGGCAACUGUGCUCUAAUGUCUCGUAUCCAUCAGCUGCCGCUGGUUUGACAGUCCCCGUGUUUAGACCAGCCCAUCUCUCCCUGAGGCUACUGAAGCUGGACAGUGGUCUCCAGUUUUACCUGCUGGAAGCCUCAUACUUCCUACAUCAUCAGAAAGGUUCCUGGUUCCCAAGAGAUGCCUCCAUUCACCUCCUGCUUGCCACCCCUCAGUCUUCCAUUCCCAGGGAUAUGUCUGUCGACCUGGUCAUCAACUCUCACAGAGUUCUGCUCAGAGUCACCCAUCCAUUGAAAACCAUCCAGAUACAAGGUCAACUUCAACAUGAGAGGAAUAUAAAGUCUGGAAGACUGGAGCUUGUGAUUGACAGUUUUCAUUAUUAUAUCAUGGCAAGGUUUGGUUGA